UGCGAGUUCGAGUAAUAAAAUGCAUUCAGACAAGAAUAAUGCUAAAGGUGCCCUUGUUGUUUGGAGUAUGAAAACGAGUUCAGCUUGUUCUACUUUUGAAUUUAAAAAUGAUCAAGACGAAUUGGGCAGUAAUAUUAUUAACACAAUUAAAUUAAAUCAUAAUGGACAAAUGCUUGUAACCAGUGAUUCAGUUGGAUUUAUGCGUAUAUUCGGUAAGUCAUACGCUAAUAGUAGAGUUUAAUAGUAGACUUAUAUGGAUAUCAUCAUGAUAGACAUAAGAAGUAUGAAAUCAAUUAUUGAAUGGAAAGGACAGCCCUCUUGCACAGCACAAUUUAGUUUUGAUGAAAAUUCAAUUUAUUCAGUUAAUAAUACUGGAGAGUUAUGUCAAUGGUCUAUUCAUAAACCUGGAACAUGCAUAUUUAGUAAAUCACUUGAAGGAUUUCCACCACCACCACCACCACCACCAUCACUACUACUCCCUACUAAUUCUUCCUAUAAUGCUGUUCAGUCUUUUCUAUUAUCCACCUCACCUCGUCCUCAAAUGGUUGCCUUUAGUUCAGAUACAAAUUAUAUCUUUUCUUCUUCUUCUAAUCAUCAUCAACAGACCUUUGGUUCCAUAUAUCGUACAUCUAGUCAAAAAGAGGAAACAUCUUCUAUUCUUCAAUUUGGACAUGAAUCAAUGGAUCAACAAUAUAUUACAUCUGUAGAUUGGACUACACAUACUUCAAAUGUGACUUGUUUAUUAGGCAAUAUAGAUGGAAAUAUCAAAGCAUUAUUAGAAUAGUGGAGUAGUAAUUUAUUUUAUAUAUAAUACAAUUAAUUUUCAGAUAUUAAGUAUAAACUAUAACAAAGAACAGCUUGCUUUCGAGCAGAUGCAAUCAAAAGAUUAACAUGACAUUUCUCUUCGGGUCGAAGAGAGAUUCCAAUAUUACACCAAUCAUCCAUUUGUAUUUUAUAAGGAGA